AGCGGGCUUGGCGUGGCCCUUCUCCGUCCGCGAGCUCGCACGGUUCCUCGUCGUGGGUUCGGGCCCGGCGGGCUUAGCCCUCGCCAUGGACUCCCAGAAGGAAGCUCUGCAAAGGAUCAUUUCAACUCUGGCAAAUAAAAAUGAUGAAAUACAGAACUUUAUUGAUACUCUAAAUCAUACACUCAAAGGUGUUCAGGAAAAUUCUUCUAGUGUACUUUCAGAGUUAGAUGAAGAAUUCGAUAGUUUAUACUCUAUAUUGGAUGAGGUGAAAGAAGGUAUGAUCAAUAGUAUCAAGCAGGAACAAGCCCGUAAAUCACAAGAAUUACAGAGUCAGCUUAGUCAAUGUCACAAUGCCCUGGAGAACUCUGAAGAACUGCUAGAAUUUGCAACAAGGUCCUUAGAUAUAAAGGAAGCUGAAGAGUUUUCAAAGGCUGCCAGACAGAUCAAGGAUAGAGUCACAAUGGCUUCAGCCUUUCGCCUUUCUUUGAAACCAAAGGUCAGUGACAACAUGACUCACCUCAUGGUGGAUUUCUCUCAGGAAAGACAGAUACUGCAGACGUUGAAGUUUUUGCCAGUCCCCAAAGCUCCAGAGAUUGAUCCAGUAGAGUGUUUGGUGGCUGACAACUCUGUCACGGUAGCUUGGAGAAUGCCAGAAGAAGAUAAUAAGAUCGACCACUUCAUGUUGGAAUAUAGGAAAACUAAUUUUGAUGGACUUCCACGUGUAAAGGAUGAACGUUGCUGGGAGCUCGUUGAUAAUGUUAAGGGUACUGAGUACACAUUGUCAGGCUUAAAAUUUGAUUCAAGAUAUAUGAAUUUCAGAGUGCGAGCUUGUAAUAAGGCUGUGGCUGGAGAGUUUUCUGACCCAGUGACUCUAGAAACUAAAGCACUUAACUUCAGUUUGGAUAACACUUCAUCCCAUUUGAACUUGAAAGUUGAAGAUACCUGUGUAGAGUGGGAUCCUACUGGAGGAAAAGGCCAAGAAAGUAAAAUCAAAGGAAAAGAGAAUAAGGGCAGUGUCCAUGUUACUUCACUGAAGAAACAUACAAGUGGUACACCAUCCCCCAAACGGACAUCCAUAGGCUCCAGGCCACCGGCAGUAAGAGGCAGCAGAGACCGUUUCACUGGGGAAUCAUAUACUGUGCUGGGAGAUACUGCUAUUGAAAGUGGACAACAUUAUUGGGAAGUCAAGGCACAGAAGGACUGUAAAUCCUACAGUGUGGGAGUAGCAUAUAAAACUUUGGGGAAAUUUGACCAGUUGGGAAAGACAAACACUAGUUGGUGUAUCCAUGUCAACAAUUGGUUACAAAACACAUUUGCUGCAAAACAUAAUAAUAAGGUCAAAGUGUUGGAUGUUCCCGUUCCUGAGAAAAUAGGUGUAUUUUGUGAUUUUGAUGGGGGUCAACUUUCUUUCUAUGAUGCAAACUCCAAACAGUUGCUUUAUUCCUUUAAGACAAAAUUUACUCAGCCAGUACUACCUGGAUUCAUGGUUUGGUGUGGUGGACUUUCUUUGAGUACUGGAAUGCAGGUCCCAAGUGCUGUGAGAACCCUUCAGAAAAGUGAAAAUGGAAUGACUGGUUCAACUGGCAGCCUGAACAAUGUUACUCAGUGAUGCGACUCAGAACGUGUUUACCUUCGCUCUGGACUGGAUGGCCUUUCUUGCGCAGUCGCUAAUCACAAGAACUUGUGAAUGGUAGAGAACAGACUUGCUAUAUUCUGCUUUAAGGCCUGAAACCUGUUAGCGUUCAGCAUCUAGUGAGAUCCCCAGGAGCCUACCGUGCAACACCAUAGGAACAGCAGAUGUCAAGCAAGAAGCGUUGUUUCAACGUGUAAAUGGGCAAAAGAUGGUGUGAGGUAUUUGUAUAGAAACUCAUCUUUGUGUUUCUUGGAUUUACUUUG